AUGUCGUCUUCCUCAAUACGGUUUUCGACAGUCGAAGUCGCGGAUGAUUCCAGUGGUGUUUUAGUGCUGAGCAAGAAGAAUGAAGAGAAAAACGAUUAUACAUCCAGCAUGCCUCCUUGGUUCCGGCGAAGUGAAGAAUCUACGCCAGACAUGAUCGAAGCUGAAGUCGACUCCUUAAUUAUGACCUUGAAUGAAUAUGACCUAUCAGAACAUGACAUAUCUGAUAUUGUCAAAGCAAUCUACUUGACUGCCUCUGGAAACAUUCAGCUCUUAAUUGGUGCCAUUGAAUUCUGCAAAUUGAUCCUGAGGAUGGAAGACCCGAGGGAAGGGUACACCAAUGUAUUAGUGUCGAAGGAUCUCAUACUUGCCAGCAUAAUACACUACUCUGAGUGCGUGGUGGCUCGUCAGGAUGGCGUGUACCAAGAUGUCCAAAAGGCACUUGGUGGAAGUCAGCCAGACUCUCCAAUGGUUCUUGCAUUCCCUGUGGCAAUCGCAGAGGAUGCGCCAGAAAUAGAAUCAUUGAACAAAGGCAGCAACGAUUUUUUCCCAAAACCGUCUAUUUCAUUGAAAAAAGAACGUAGCAGCAGCGAUGAAACGGCAUUUGAUAUCUUUUCGGUAGAAUCUCUGCGGCUGGCGGAAGAGGCUUCCAGAGUCAAAAGAGCUGAAAUUUUGACAGAUGUUGUGUUGACAGGGAGGCGUGUGUUAUCCAAAGGCGACUAUGGUGACAUCAGUAACUUACUACUGAGUGUAUCUAAUGAUUGGAGAGCCCUUGCGAUUCGAUGCAUUGCGAGCUUGUAUCGUCUUGAAGGCAUAUUAUGGGACAUGCCUCCUGGAACUGGCGAGUACAUGCGCCGUGAUGCUGCCGCCACAUUCAAUGCGAGAUACUCCAUCCGUGUCUAUGCAAAUUUAUCUCAAAGAAUGGGUCUCCACCGACUCCAAUCGCAGCUUGAGGGGGAUGCCUUUCGCAUUUUGUAUCCACGUCAAUUUUCGGCGGUUACGACGCUGUUUCAACAGAAGGAGGAAGCAAUGAGAGCAGUCUCUACCUUCUUGUCAUCGGAAAUCACAAACUUGAUCAAUAGUGAUCGAACGCUUGUAGAACAGUUGGAAAAUUGUGAUAUCCAAGCACGGGUGAAAACGCCAUAUUCUUUCUGGAAAAAGUUGGUAAAGAAACGAGGACGUGGAUCAAAUGGUACAGUUGGUUUUCUUGCUCCACUGGCAUCCAUAUCAGUAUUAGACGUUUUGGAUGGGGUAGCAUUGCGAGUCAUUCUCAAAGCUGAGACAUUUCCUGACGACGAUGACGACUUGAUCGACGCCCGAGAACGAAUGCUGUGUUACUACGUUCAUCAUUUGAUUCGGUCUCAGUGGCCCGAAACGGACGCGAAGCGUGUGAAAGACUACAUCAAGGCUCCAAAGCCAAAUGGAUAUCAAAGCCUUCAUCACACUUCGUCCAUCAUCUACAAUGGACAGCAGAUUCCAUUCGAGGUCCAAGUUCGUAGUGAAAAGAUGCAUAGGAUUGCGGAGUUUGGUAUCGCGGCACAUUGGGACUACAAAGCCAACAAUCGAAAACUACCUUUGCUAUCAGGUUCUGCAUCCUCACAAGAUGGUAAAACCAUUCACGAUUCCGAAUACAUUGGAGCGUUAGACACCGCCAGAGAACAUUUACAGGGAUCUAGUGUAUAUGUCUUCUUGGCUGGAACGAUUUCAGAUUUGGAAGGGGGCCUCCUUCUGUCCCUGCAAGCUGGGUCUCAAGUUGUGGACAUUCUGAAAGAGUUGAGCAGUAGGUUCAACAUUGAGACCAGCUCUCACGAGUUUCAGGUUUGGCGGAAUGGUAAUCUUGCGUCACCAGAUGACUAUGUUGGAAACGGCGAUGUUGUCCUAUUCCAGAGUCUAUCUACGAACGGUAACAGCAGUUCUGAUCAUGGCAGUGGUGAAAAGAAACGUUUGAGUCUUCCAUACAUGAAGGCAGAUGAGUAA